AUGAUACUUAAUGUUUAGAAAAAACAUGUUCAAGAAUGCGAUGAUGGAAAUUAUAGAUACCUAUUCUUGCUACCAGAAGUGCCUUAAUUGACUAUGUUUACUAUGUGUCUUAAUGUUUGUGGAGAUGGUUUACUGACCAAAGAAAUAGGAUAAUGUAACGAUGGAAAUAUAUAGAAUAAUGAUGGAUGCAGUGACACUUGUGAAGUUGAAGAUAAUUGGAAAUGCUAAUAAGAAAAUAAUAUUAGUGUGUGUAAAUAUAAGUUUCGACCAGUGAUUAUCCUUACUAAACUCACAAAAUCAAACUCAGAUUAUCAAGAAUUCCAAUUAUCCUUUUCUGAACAAAUGCGUUUGUAUGUAAAUAAUAUUAUUAAAGAAAAAUUUCUUCAGAUGAUUGUUGUUACCAUUGAAAUUGAAUAUGAUACGAAUAAGAUGUUGAAAUCUAACCCAUUAUUUCUAUCUCCCCUAAAUUGGCUGAUUUACUUUAUAAGAUAGUAGUCUAUUUUAAAAGUAAUAUUUCAAAUCCGGUGUUAAAAGUAACAAUCAGAUGUGAGAAUACUGUAAAUAUUUAUGACAAUACUUUACUCUCUAAUGAAAAAUCUCCUAAUAAAAUGUCAAAGGAUCAUCAAUCCCUUAUUUCUAGUUAAAUUGUCUUUUAUAUCAUCUUGGUUAUGGGUAUUUCUUGUAUAAUUCUUGAUACUUAUUAAAUAUUAAAAUCGGCAAGCUACUUUUUACAACUAUUAAUAAAAAUUCAUUCUAUGUAGUUAUAAGAUCAUUGAUAUAUAAUUCGAAUAAUUUUACAUCUUUAGUGAUGUAAUUAUUUAAGCUUAACAAUUCCUAUUCAAUUUAUUCAGGCAGAAACAACAACCUACUUUCUUAAUUAUUCAAUAAUCUUAUUAGUAUUUUUGA